GUUAAACAAAUGAAAAAAACAAUAGCAAUAAUAGGAUCAGGCUUCUCUGCGUUAGCCGCUUCAUGUUACUUGGCACAACAAGGAAACAAAGUGACUCUUUAUGAAAAAAACGAAUCUAUUGGCGGCAGGGCAAGACAGUUCAAAAAAGAGGGUUUCACGUUUGAUAUGGGACCAAGCUGGUACUGGAUGCCAGAUGUAUUUGAACGUUUCUUUCAGGAUUUCAAUAAAAAACUACCGAUUAUUACGAGCUUAUAAACUAAAUCCUGCUUACAGGGUUUAUUUUGGAGUAGAUGAUUUCAUCAGUAUAUAUGACAAUCUCGAAGAAAUAAAAACCACUUUUGAAAGUAUCGAAAAAGGAAGUGGCCAUGAACUCGAAACUUUCAUCAAGCAGGCUAAAAGCAAUUAUGAUAUUGCGAUUAAAGAUUUGGUGUAUCGUCCCGGAGUUUCUCCUCUGGAAUUAAUUACCGUUGAAACCACUAAAAAACUCAAUCAGUUUUUUAGCACCGUAAGUACUGAUAUUCGCAAGAAAUUCAAAAACGAACGACUAAUUCAGAUUUUGGAAUUUCCCGUUUUAUUUCUGGGCGCAAAACCUACCAAAACACCAUCUUUCUAUAAUUUUAUGAAUUAUGCCGAUUUUGGCUUAGGAACCUGGCACCCCAAAACCGGAAUGUUCGAUGUUGUUCGCAGCAUCGAAAAACUGGCUCUCGAACUUGGUGUUACGAUUGAAACCAAUGCUGCUAUCGAAAAAAUAGUAGUCGAGAAUAAAACCGCAACAGCAAUCGUCAUCAACGGAAAAACGAUACAAGCCGAUGUCAUUUUAAGCGGAGCCGAUUAUCAUCAUACCGAAACUUUACUGGAUAUCGAGCACCGCGCCUAUUCAGAGAAAUAUUGGGAAAGCCGCGUUUUCGCGCCAUCGUCGCUUUUGUUUUUUGUGGGUUUUGAUAAAAAAAUUGAAAACAUUUCGCAUCACGCUUUAUUUUUUGAUGUCGAUUUCAACCAACAUGCAGCAGAUAUUUACGAUGAACCAAAAUGGCCCGAUGCCCCUUUGUUCUAUGCCAAUUUUCCAUCAAAAACAGAUCAAAGCGCAGCACCGCAAGGCAAGGAAAGCGGAUUUUUUCUUAUCCGUUAGCGCCGGGAAUUAAUGACAGUGAAGCACUUAGAGAAGAAUAUUUCAAAAAAAUCAUCACUCGUUUUGAGCAGCUUACCCAACAAGAAAUUAAAAAUAACAUUAUCUUUAAAAGAUCAUUUUGCAAGAAUGACUUCGUAACCGAUUAUAACGCUUACAAAGGAAACGCUUACGGAAUGGCGAAUACCUUAUUGCAAACGGCUUUUUUACGACCAAAACUAAAAAGUAAAAAAGUUCGUAAUUUAUAUUUCACAGGACAAUUAACCGUUCCCGGACCAGGUGUUCCGCCUGCUUUAAUUUCAGGAAAACUAGUAGCCGAGUUAAUUCAAAAAUCUUUUAGA